GAAUGAAGACUUGAAGCGAGUCUAACUCCUUUUUAAACCGCACAGUCUUCUGGGUACGUGGUACGAGUUGGCAAAAUGGCCGCCCCUAUGAUGACGAAAAACAGAUGAUCUCGUCAUAAAUUUGAAGCUUAUUCAAGACCAUGGCGGGACGUGCCGGUGAGACGGUCGUGACUAAGCGACUGGUUGAAAACCUACAGACUGACCUGCGGGGUCUCUCCAACGAAAGCAAGAGAAAAUUCCCACCUGUCAAAGAGGCGGCGGAGGCAGGUAUUCUCAAGAUCCGAACCAUAGCGGCCAGGAAUAAGAAUAUUCUGCCAGCCCUAGUUGCAUGCAGCGGGGAGAUUCUUCAACCAUUCCUGUUAGGAUGCGACACCAAGAACCUCAAGAUUGUCCAGCUGUGUCUGGGAUCUGUACAGCGGCUAAUCACCCACGAAGCGCUUUCUGUCGCGGCUGCCAGCAAUGUGAUCAACAUGUUAUGGAAUCUGAUGGAAGGUGGCAUCGAGGACCUCAAGGUGCUGCAGACGGCGGUCGUUAUACUCACAACCAACACCAUAGUCAGGGGACCGGCGCUAGCACGGACGAUCGUGGUCUGCUUUCGGCUGCAUUUUUCCAAGGACAACACCACAAGUAACACGGCGUCGGCCAUCGUACAGCAAGUCGUCUCCAUCGUGAUGGAAAGGGUACUAGCCGAGGAUGAGGCCAAUGCAGAUGGAGCCGAGUCUGACGGGGAUCUUGAGAAACUGAGAUCCAGUAACUCCAGCAGCAAGGCAGCACCUAAAUCUCUCAGGCCGUGUGCCACUGAUGCAUACCUUCUCUUUCAGGACCUGUGUUACCUAUUGAAUGGCGAUUCCCCGUACUGGCUGACCGGUAUGACAGAGAUGACCAGGACGUUUGGCCUGGAGCUCCUUGAGACGGUCCUCAACAGCUUUCCUCAGAUCUUCCUGAGGCACAAACAGUUCAGCUUCCUCCUGAAGGAGCGAGUCUGUCCCUUGGUCAUUAAACUCUUCUCUCCAAGCAUCAAGCAUCGUCAGGGUAUCUCCGCCCCCUCGCCUCCCACCAGCCCUGAGAAGCCCUCCUUCCCCAUCAGCAUGCGGCUACUCAGAGUGGUGUCUGUGCUCAUCAAUAAGUACUACACGUUACUGGCCACGGAGUGCGAGAUCUUUCUGUCCCUUCUGGUCAAGUUCAUGGAGAGCGAUAAGUGCAUGUGGCAGCGAGUCCUAGCGCUGGAGGUCAUGUAUAAACUCUGCUCACAACCCAAGCUACUCAGGUGUUUUUGUCAGAGUUACGACAUGAAGCCCCACUCCACCAAGAUCUUUGCCAACAUCGUCAAUGCCCUGGGCUCCUUCAUCCAGUCGCUGUUUGUCAACCCGGUAGUGGAGAGACAAUCCAGUAUUGCAAGUGACAAACAGAGCAAAGAAAUGGGCAGUAACUCAUCCAUGCAGUCAGGCAGUAUGGCCAACAGCGGCAGCAUCACCCCACACACAGCAUUCUCCUAUAAGGGAGUCUGGAUACCACUCCUGCCUGUCUCCAUCGCUAAACCUGUCUUUCUGGAGAUGUUGGAUAAAUCCGACGCGCCCUCCAUUCCGGAUGGCUACGCGAUCUCUGUCGCCUUUGCGAGUCUUCUGGACGUCGUCAAGGGCGUGACGACAAUAGUCACACAGGAGAUGGAAGGGGAGGAACGACGGCUACGCAACCAAGCCCGGGACCGCGCCUUGCACAUCGUCAAUAAUGAGGUCAAGGAUGCAGAGGAGGAAGAGGGAGACAAGGAGGAGGAGAGUCUACUGCAGAGAGUGGACGAAGGUCUAAGGAAACUGUGGGAAGAGAUAGUCAACUCCUCCUGGUGCGGGGUCCUGGCCGCGCUUACGCUACUCCUCGAUGCUUGCAUGGAGGAGUCUGCCACUGAGUCCAUCCUGAAGUCCCAGGAGCUGUACGCUAGCCUGUGCGGCAAGCUAGGCCUGACCAUACCCAGAGAUGCCUUUGUGACUUCACUGUGUAAGGCCUCCUUGCCUCCUCACUAUGCGCUGACGGUGCUCAAUAUCGCCGCGCCGCAGACUCCAUCAAGUGCACAAAGAGGACAUGUGCGUUCACACAGCCGCGACAGCCUGCUCCAGAGCACCCAGGGGCCCGAGGGCGGGACCAGCGAGUCAGGUGACGGGAGGAACCAGGUGGUUGCCGUAGGGACACCCCUGGCAACGGUGGUAGGCACGCAGCAGGGGCCAGUCAUGUUGACAGCCAAGAACAUCCAGUGUAUGCGGGCCAUCCUGAGCCUAGCCCACUGCCAUGGUUCCAUCCUGGGCACGGCUUGGCAUCUGGUGCUGACCACCCUGCAACACCUCGUCUGGAUACUGGGCCUCAAGCCAGCCUCAGGGGGAAGCCUGAAAGUGGGUGGAGCCGCUGAAGCCCCCAACACGGUCAUCACCACGGCAGUCAUGGCUGAGCUGCCUGUCUUGUCGGCCAUGCUAUCGCGCCUCUUUGAGAGCUCUCAGUAUCUGGAUGACGUGGCCUUGCAUCAUCUCAUUGACGCGCUGUGCAAGCUGUCCACGGAGGCCAUGGAUAUGGCCUUCUCAAACAGGGAACCGUCCCUCUUUGCCGUGGCCAAGCUCCUGGAGACCGGCCUGGUCAACAUGCCCCGCAUGGAGGUCCUGUGGCGUCCCGUCACGGCCCACUUACUGGAGGUUUGCGCCCAUCCUCAUGUCCGGAUGAGAGGCUGGGGGGCUGAGGCUGUCACAGCAUUAGUCAAAACGGCGCUGGCGUACAAGCACGACCCGCCGGUUCAUCAAAAUCUGCGUCUGCAAGCCAUGCUGCUGGGCCCCCUACAAGAACUCUCCUCCAUCCCCCACGCAGACAUCAGACAGAAGCAGCUGGAGUGCGUCCAUCAGCUGCUGUCCAGUAACGGCGAGACGCUGGUCCAUGGCUGGCCCCUGGUGCUGGGGGUCAUCGGGGCUGUUACUGAAGACCAAGGCGAGAGUUUGAUCAGGACAGCGUUCCAGAGCCUACAGCUGGUGGUGGCAGAUUUCCUUCCCAUCAUGCCUUGCUACUGUCUGCAGAUCAGCGUCACCACGGCCGCCAAGUUUGGCCUUCAGCGUGAGGAGCUGAACAUCAGCCUGACUGCUGUUGGGCUUCUGUGGAACAUCUCAGACUACCUGUACCAGAACCGCGACAAGAUCCGCGAGGGACUGGAGAAGGAGUCCCAAGACAUCGAGGCCCAGCCCGAGGGUUGCGAGCAGCCCGUGCCGCCCUUUGACGCGGUCUGGCUGAUGCUGUACUCCCGGCUAGCGGACCUGUGCGUGGACCCACGGCCAGCGGUCCGGAAGAGCGCGGGACAGACGCUGUUCUCUACCAUCAGUGCCCACGGGGCAUUGCUGAAACUGUCUACAUGGCAGAUUGUGCUGUGGCAGGUCUUGUUCCCCUUACUGGACAAGGUCAAGAAACUCUCGGGCAGCGCUGCCCAGGAGAAGGUAGAGGGCGUGGUCAGCGGUAACAUCCUGAUCCACCACUCCCGGGACACGGCCGAGAAGCAGUGGGCGGAGACUAAGGUGCUGAGCCUGGCGGGCGUGGCCAGGGUCUUCAACACGUGGAGGCACGCCCUGCUGGCGUUGGGUGACUUUCCCCGAGCGUGGGCCUUACUCCUGGAGCACAUCGAGGCCUCGUCCCUGAGCCAGAGCAGCGAGGUCUCCCUAGCAGCCCUCAAGAGCUUUCAAGAGAUCCUCCAAAUCCAAGCAAUCAAGACACCCGUCAAGUCGCAGACCCAGAACGCCAACGGGGUCACGGAGAGCACCGACCUCCCGAUACCCGGAGAGGAGAACAUUAGCCGAACGAACAACGGCGUCGCUAACUCUGAGAGCAACGGUCAAACAAAAUCCGCAAACAGUGAGGUUAUCGGAACGGCCAGGUCGACCGAAACGGACCCGGUUUUUGACGACGCAGCGAUGUGGGCCACGGCCUGGCGUGUCUGGCACUCCAUCGGCCUCUCCAGCACCACCCCUCCCGUCUCCCGCACCGCUCACUCCCUCCCGACCCAGCCCUUCCUGACGGCACUGGUCCAGAUCUUCCCGCCGCUGUUUGCGCACAUCAAGCCGCGGUUCGUGGCGGCGGAUCUGCAGAAGCUGUGCAGCGUGCUGCAGUGCGCCGUGUCCGUGCCGGUGCAGGCGGACGUUUCGGUCUUCAUCAUCCCGUCGUUGUCGGACACCGAUUUGACGCCGCUACAGGAGGCCGUACUUCACUGUCUGUAUGUUGUCCAACAGGCCAUAGGUGAAGGGUCGGCGUCCAUGCAGACCAUGUACCCAGCCGUCUUUGACCAGCUGCUGACCUUUGUGACCUACGCGUGCCAAGCGCCCUCGUUUGGCCAGAUUGAGACCAAGGUGGUCAAGGCCUCCUCCAAACAGUUUGAUCGGGCAAUCUUUGAGUGGAAGGAGAAAUGGGAAAAUUAUAGAGGCACUGCUCAGUCUGACUGGGUGUCCAUGAACUACGUGCCGUUUGCUGAGAAGGCCUUAGAGAUGACCACAGCGCUGUAUAAGACCACUGCCAGCCACCCUGAGGUGGUGCACAUGCACGUGCUGCAGAACGUACUCAAGGUCCUUCAACUCCCCCUGGGCCUGAAGAACGCGUGUCCUUCCUCCUCCACCUGGAAGCUAGCCAUCAGCUCCUUACUAGAGAUCCUCCCGGUGGGGCUGCCUGUCGCUAGGCAACCCGCAUCGUCGGCGCACUUCACCGAGAUGUGGCCGGACCUAGCCGCGGCGUUGGAGCUGUUCCUGUUCUCAGACCAUCCCGCCCCGACAUCUCUAUCCGUGGAGGAGCAGCAGCGAGUGGAAGCCAUCGACGUGCAGGUGGUCCAGAUGGUGCGUCAGAUAGUCCUGCCCUACUCGGCCAACACUCCGGAGUCAUUCACGGCUAGGGUGAUGACCCUGCUCAAUAGGGGGUCCAUUCACUCUGCAAACACCGCAAGUUUCCUAGACGUUGACAACCGUCAGUUGCGGGAGGAGUUUGCCAAGUCCUGCUUUGAGACCCUGCUCCAGUUCUCCUUCAUCGCCCACGACCUGAGCAAGAUGACCGACGAGGGCGGUCUGACCAAGAUGGCUCUGUCGGCUCUGCUGCAGCGAUGCCAGGAGGUGCUGCAGAAGUACGUGGAGGACGAGCGGCUCAGCGGCAAGUGCCCACUGCCAAGAUCCCGGAUGGCUGAGAUGUCGUUUGUCUUGCAAGCCGUCACCACUCUGAUACAUUCCUUAAAGAAAGCUAAGAGCAGCAACGUGGACCAAGCCACCUGGAGCCAGGUGAUAGACCUGUAUCCCUAUCUGGUGGACUGUACCACUUGUACCUCCUCGCAGGUGUGCAAUGCGCUCAAGGAGGCCCUCAGCCAAUACCAAGACCUCCUGGUUGCCCCUAGCAACAGGCUCGUCAACGGCACGUGAGAACAUCCUCAAUUUUGUUUUCCCUCCUGAGUUAAACAAACCAGAACACAGCAUAGAUAUUUGUACCAUAUAUAUUUUGGAAAGAUUUACGGUAUAUCUAGAUUCAGAAGGGUUGAUGCUUAAAUACCAGCUUAUUUAAGAUUGUUAAUUUGGCAGUACAUGUAAAUGUAAACAUUUUAAUGACAUUGGCAAUUUGGUUUUUUUUCCUUUUUAGUAGGUUCCCCUCUUAAAAAAAAUUGCAACUCUGUAAAAACUAGCACAAAAUAGAAAUUCCAUGAACAGCCUUUGAUAAACUCAGCUUGCUCCUCCAACCCCCCCUCCCCCACUCUACCUGUGCAGCCCCACCCCCAAAAAGGGAUGAAAAACGGACUUUGUUUUCCUGCAUGGAAUUUCUGACGGAGGCCAAAAAUUUGAAAAAAAUUCUACUUAUGUAUAAAAUUAAACAAUAUUGUUUUU